AUGGUAACAAAAUUUUACCAGCACAUUCUUGCCUUGGCAUUUGCUGUGAAUGAGGUCAACAAAAACCCCAAUAUCUUGCCCAAUGUCACUCUUGGGUUCCACAUCUAUGACAGCUACUAUGAUGAGAGAAUGACCUAUCACACUACUCUGCAACUUCUCUUCAAAUCACAUAGAUUUGUCCCCAACUACAAAUGUGGCUCCCAGAAAAACCUCAUAGCCAUCAUUGGUGGACUUGGCUCUGAUACCUCCUUCCAUAUAGCGGACAUUUUAGGAUUAUACAAGAUUCCACAACUCCAUCCGUUUCUUCAAGGAAUCUCAUUUAACAACUCAGCUGGAGAAACGGUGUCCUUUAACGACAAAAGGGAAGUGGGUGGUGGAUUUGACAUCAUGAACCUGGUCACUUUUCCAAACAUGUCAUUCCAGAGAUUGAAAAUCGGAAGGGUGGGCCCCAGUGAUUCCGAAGGGAAAGAAUUCACUAUAAAUGAGAGUAUGGUUGUGUGGCACAGAGGAUUUAACCAGGUACUCCCCAUUUCUUUGUGUAAUGAGCACUGCCAGCCUGGUAAUCAGAAGAAAAAGAAGGAAGGGGAAAAGUUUUGCUGUUACAAUUGUGUUCCAUGCCCAGAAGGGGAGAUUUCCAACAAGACAGAUAUGGGUGACUGUUUCAAAUGCGCAGAAGAACAAUUUCCAAAUGAAGGGAAAAAUGGAUGCACCUCCAAAACUACAAGCUUUCUCUCUUACGACGAGCCAUUAGGGAUCAGUUUAGCCACAGUUGCUGUUUCCUUUUUCCUGGUCACAGCCUUGGUGUUAGGAAUCUUUGUUAAGCACAAAAAUACUCCCAUUGUCAAAGCCAACAACCGGGACCUCACCUACAUUCUCCUUGUUUCCCUCCUGCUCUGCUUCCUUUCUUCAUUGUUAUUCCUUGGACAACCCGGGAAAGUGACCUGCUUUCUUCGACAAACAACUUUUGGAAUCAUCUUCUCAGUGGCUGUUUCUUGUGUGUUGGCAAAGACCGCCAUUGUUUCUCUAGCAUUUUUAGCUACAAAGCCUGGGUCUAGGAUGAAGAAAUGGGUGACGAAAAGACUGACCAACUCUAUUGUCCUUUCCUGCUCUCUUAUUCAAGCAGGUAUUUGUACUGUGUGGUUGACAACCUCUCCCCCUUUCCCUGAUUUAGACAUGCACUCAGUAACAGAAGAGAUCAUUCUGCAAUGUAAUGAAGGGUCAGUCGCCAUGUUUUAUACUGUCUUGGGUUACAUGGGCCUCUUGGCCAUUGCCAGCUUCACUGUGGCAUUCCUAGCCCGCAAGUUACCAGAUAGUUUUAAUGAAGCCAAAUUCAUUACCUUCAGCAUGAUGGCAUUUUGUAGUGUUUGGUUGUCCUUUGUUCCAACCUACCUGAGUUCAAGAGGAAAGGACAUGGUGGCUGUGGAGAUUUUCUCCAUCUUGGCUUCCAGUGCUGGGUUACUGGUUUGCAUUUUUUCUCCUAAAUGCUACAUCAUUGUACUGAGGCCUGAGCUGAACAACAGGGAGCAACUAAGAAAGAGAAAUAAUUGA